AUGAUUUUCGCAGCAAGCUUGUUCGUUUCAUUGACGCCGCUUUCUGUGUGUGUGUCUCAAGCUCUCCUAAGCUUUGUCUGUCUUUCACUGUCUUGUAAGGUCAACAACACAGAUGCUGAUGCGAAGAUUCGAGUCAAUCUCCAGGCGCAAGUUGUUGAGACGAAAGCUGAGGCGAAGAAGAAGAAACCUGUAGAGAGGAAGAAGUCAACAUCUGAUGAACCCAAGGCAAAGAGAGUCAGGAAGGCCAAGGAUGAGAAGAAGAGCUCUGCCUCUAACAACAAGCCCAAGCGUCCUCUUACUGCUUUCUUCAUUUUCAUGAAUGAUUUCUGCAAAACUUUCAAAGAAGAGAAUCCUUCUUCUAACGUUAAGGAUGUUGCAAAGCAGGGUGGUGAAAAAUGGAAGUCUUUGACUGAGGAAGAAAAGAAAGUUUAUUUGGAUAAGGCUGCUGAACUAAAGGCAGAGUACAACAAGUCACUGGAGAGCAGUGAUGCCGAUGAGGAAGAAGAGGAUGAGGAGAAGCAGUCAGAUGAUGAUGCCGAUGAAAAACAAUCUGACGAGGCUGAUGGGUCUAAGCAGUCGACGUUUACCGUAUUAAAUCAUGUUUUAGUUAAUGAUUUGAUUUUUUUUUUAAGACUUGUUGUAAUAUUUUUUUUAUCAACCAACUUAAUUUCAUGUUUUUUUUAUCUGUAAAACAUAUUUGUCUUAUUUGUUUGAAGUGAUAAUUUCAAAAAUUAGAUUUUAUCAUA